AUGGAUGUCGGUGAAGUGGCUGCAAAUUUCCUACAAUCGAUUCGCGCCUGUUUUCCUACGUUAGUGAAAAAGAAUCCUAUGACAUCAGCAGUAGAUAAUAGCGACUCGGACUCGGAUCAGGAAGACGCGUACAAGAAGCAGAAACAUGCGAAAGAUGCACAGCCUGCUUUUGAUUGCAAAGUUGCGAAGGCUCAUCGGUUAGCAGCAGAAGCCAAAAUGUCCAUGAGUCUGAUAAAAGUAAAAUUUCUCAGGACGUUGGAAGAUCUCUUUGAUGCCUUUCAAAUUUCAGACCCAGCCAAUGUGCGGACUUCGCUACGCAAUGAUCCAUCGGUGCCCAAUGACUGCCAGUUACUGUGUUUGGAUUGCCCUCCUUUCCGUAAUAUAGAAAACGUACCUUAUAAAGCUGUACCUCAUGUGUCUUCUCUCACUUUCGCUUCACCAGAUCCGUUCAAUAUUGGCGUUUUAUAUUCGGAAGUAAUAACCAGCAACAAAAAAAAGCAGUUCUUGCACAUUCCAAUACCACGAUCACUCUCACAUUCAGCACCAGGAGUUCAAGGUCAAAGUGAAACGCAGUACACAUUUCAAGAUGCAACUGUUCUUUCUUUCGAUGCUAAGCGCGAGUCCACAGCUCAUGGAGGCGGCAAGACGUGCGAGGAAUUGGUGAAGAAUAUUCGAAUGCGUCAUGCGUCUGGCACUUUCUGUACCCUUGUGCUUCCGUCAAAAACGUGGGAGGAAGUGGCUGACGAACACAAGUCGUUUCUUCCUCAGGUAGAUGAGUUGCAAGGCGAGUUACGCCUGCGUCGCUUGGUGGGCAAUGUCCCGUGUGGAGUCCCAAUAAAGUUUCUGCUUGCAAGCUAA